GGUCACGUGACCGACGUCAAUAAGGAAGUGCUUCGGUACGUUUUGAAAACAAGGCGCCAGCCAGCAGCUUAGUAAGUAAGAAAAGAACACGGGAUGCCCGGUUCGGAGCCGGUUCGGUUCGGACGGAAACGCGCCCUGCCGCCCUGUCCGAACCCGUUGUUCUUCCAGUGGCUCACCGAGCUCCGAGACGAGGCGAAGGAGAAAGGCCUGAAGAUCCAGUACACCUACCAGAAGGCUAUCGACUCUUUAAAUAAAUAUCCACUUCCACUAAAAAACGCUAAAGAGGCAAAAAUCCUUAAAAACUUUGGAGACGGAAUCUGCAAAAUACUGGAUGACAAACUGCAGCGACAUUACAGACAAAACGGUCCCAACGCUUCAAUACACAGCUUGCCCAAAGGUGCGCCCCCUCCUGGCCGAACAUACAACAACAACAACAGCAGUAACACUCUGGCUCCUUCUAGGAAGAGAAAUGAUGCAGGGAAGGACAGAGGAGAAGAUGGAGGAACGAAGAAGAAGAAGAAGAAGAGGGCGUACGUUCCGCUGCAGCGAUCUGGAGGAUAUGCUGUAUUGCUCGCUCUUUACAGACAGCAGCAGAUACCUGGCAGUAAAGGCUACAUGUUUAAGAUGGAGCUGCAGUCGGAAGCUCAGCCUCUCUGUGACAAAUCGUUUUCUGUGCCCGAUCUUGGCAGCAAGUACACUGCCUGGUCCUCAGUCAGCACUCUGAUCCAGAAAAACCUGCUCAUAAAGACUCACAAUCCUGCCAGGUAUUCUCUGACGGAUGAGGGUUUCGCUUUGGCCGAGCGACUUGAAUCGGUGGAGAAGGAGAGGAGAAACGUCCCGGUGGAGGAGAGGAGGGGAGCAGCUGGACCGGAGGACGAAGAGGACGACGCCGUGGUUGAUCUGACCGCAAGUGAUGAUGAGGAGGAGCGUGAGAGUCUGCCAGAACGAGCCACCGGUGAAACUCAGUCCAGCGGCGAUGCCGGCCGGUUGUCCUUACCGGGGAAAACACAGGUUACCAUGACGACGAGCAGGAAGCCAAACAGAGACUAUCUCCUACCUGGAACCUACGAUGUCGUCCUGUGUGUUGACUUCAUUGAGACGACAGGCGGCAGCCAUUACAGGAAGCAGGAGCUCGUCAGAGAGCUGCAGCGGAACGGAGUCGGCUUCGACGUCAGGAAGCUGAACGUCGGAGACUUCCUGUGGGUGGCGCGGGAAAAGGUCGCACCUGUUCCAGGUCGGCUGCGAGCGCCGGCAGCCAGAGAGCUCGUCCUGGAUUACAUCAUAGAGAGGAAGAGGAUGGACGACCUGUGUGGGAGCAUCAUCGACGGACGCUUCAGGGAGCAGAAGUUUCGGCUGAAGCGGUGCGGACUUCGUCGGCCCAUCUACCUGGUGGAGGGCAGCAGCUCAUCUGCGGCUCACCUGAGUUUACCUGAAGCGACUCUGCAGCAGGCCAUCGUCAACACACAGGUUCUUGACGGCUUCUUUGUAAAACGAGUCCAGGACGUUCGGGAGUCGGCCGCCUACCUCACAGUCAUGACCCGCUACCUGAGCAAACUCUACCAGAACCAAACGUUGGUCUGUCGCUCCAGGGAGCUUGAGGGAGACGUACCGAGCGAUGAAGAGGAGAGCGGGAACCCCUCCUGCUCCCUCAUUUCUUUUGCAGAGUUCAACCACGGCGCCGUCAAAAACAAGUGUCAGACGGUGAGGGAAGUGUUUGCCAGGCAGCUGAUGCAGAUCAGCGGUUUGUCUGGACACAAAGCAGCCGCCAUAUUGGAGCAGUACGGCACGCCCCACAGUCUCCUGGCAGCUUAUGAAAAGUGUGGAAGUGAAUCUGAGAAAGAGAAACUCCUCUCCUGCAUUCGAUACGGAAAACUAAAAAGAAAUCUGGGUCCAGCUCUGAGCAGGACAGUUUAUCAGCUGUACUGUACUCCAGGAGCGCUCACAUGAUCUCUAUGGAUCCAACGAUCUGCCUCGGAUUUGUCUGCAUCAUGGCAUGUUUUGACUCACGUCUUUACAUGAAGUUACUUAAAGGAUGAAUAUUUACAUUUAUGUUCAUUUUAAAAAUGCUGCUCUGUUUUAGUAGGUCUUAAAACAUUAAUUUUGUAAACUUGUAUGAAGAACUUUGGAAAUGUUUCCCAGUAUUGCACCAAUAAAGUUGAU